AUGACAUUUUACGGCAUUCUUCACCUCGACCAACCCUUCAACUCUCCCAACUGGUGUAUAAACCAUGUUGAUAUAAUUCUUGCAUCUUCUAUCUUUCAACGAAUUAUGAAAAAACUGAAAUUUCGAUCCCCUUCCUUUAACCACAACUGUCUAGAUUUCUAUCUCAAGAGGAUCUCCUUAAUCUCCAAGUUAUUCUAUAUCUCCUCUAGAGCCUUAGUUCGUUCUUCUAAAACUUCUGCAUUAUUUCCUCCAACAUUGAUUGUUAAGCUAUUGUCGAGAUUGUUCAAAGUUCUAACUGCAUUCUCCACUUUUAGGUCGACCCAACCAAACACCAUUUUGUUCCACCAUUUAAGUCUGCUUUUGAACAUAUUUAACUUCUCCUUAAGCUUGAAAUCCCCUCUCUGUGAUUUUGAUUUUUUUUCCAUUCUUCAAGAAAGAAAGGCCUUAAUUCUUUAUGCAUCAGCCAACGGUUAUUAA